GAAACUUAAGACAGAUUCCUCUCUGUUGCUAACUAGCUAAGCGAAGCUAGCCGGCUAAUCUCUUGGACAACGCAGUUGGGAUUAUUUUCUUAUCCAUUUCAAAUGUCUUGUCAUUUUGGACUUUGUAAAACAGAGUUUUAAACAGACCGUCAGUGACUGAAGCGAGGCGGGCACCAGCGGGCUAACACGAAAUACGCUGGACGUUUGGACGCUGUUGCUUUCUCUCAGGAUGCUAGCAUACAAGCUAGCCAGCUAGCCAGACAGCCUGCUAAAGUAGUCAAAUAGCAGCACAGUCCGGAUGCUUUGAACGGCAGUGCGGCGGAUUUUGAGGACUUUCUUGGACCAGGGGUUGAAUUAUGUCAAGCAACCGGCCACAGCAAAGCGCCGGUGGGGCGAGUUCAGUGCCCAGCACAAGUAGCAGUAGCACUGCAAGCACCAACGGUGGCAGUGGGAGCAACGCCACUGGCAACGGGAACAGCUCUGGAAAUGUUGUGCCCUCUCGGACACUGGCAGCAGCCGGAGAGGGCAGCUUGUCGGUGCCAGCCUUGGCCGCUGUGCAGUCGUCCAGGGGCGGGUUUGCCUCGCUGAGCAGACCCUCUGCGUCCUCCUCAGCCACCAGCAGAAAGAGGUCCCUCCACCAAGCACCCCUCUACAACGGCCUCUUGAAUUCCUACGAGGAUAAAAGCAACGAUUUUGUCUGUCCCAUUUGCUUCGAAAUGAUAGAGGAGGCACAUAUGACCAAGUGUGGGCACAGUUUUUGCUUCAAGUGCAUCCGUCAGAGUCUGGAGGACAGCAACAGAUGUCCCAAGUGUAACUAUAUUAUCGACAAUGUGGAUCAGCUCUACCCAAACUUUCUUGUGAAUGAACUGAUCCUCAAACAGAAACAGAGGUCAGAGGAGAAGAGACUAAAACUGGACCAUCCUAAUGGAUCCAGGUGGCAGCUUUUUCAGGACGUGAUGAGUCCAGACCAGGACAACUUGGACCUGGCUAACGUCAACCUGAUGCUAGAGCUCCUGGUGCAGAGAAAGAAGCAGCUAGAGGCGGAAUCCCAAGCAGCGCAGAGGCAGAUCCUCAUGGAGUUCCUGAAAGAAGCCAGGAGGAACAAGAGAGAGCAACUAGAGCAGCUACAGAAAGAGCUCAGCUUUCUUGAAGAGGACAUCAAGCGUGUUGAGGAGAUGAGCGGGCUGUACUCGCCAUUGAUGGAGGCAGAGUGCACAGUGCCUAAUGUUGAGGCUCCCUCACCGGCACCCAGCAGUAGUAGUAUUAUUGACCCACCAGAGUACAGCCAGCCUCCAGGGUUUGGAACGGCCCAGGUAAGUCAGGGCAAGAGACAGACAUGGUACAACAGCACCCUUGCAUCAAGGAGGAAGAGGCUGACUGCUCACUUUGAGGAUCUGGAGCAGUGCUACUUCUCCAACAAAAUGUCCCGCAUCACAGAGGAAGGCAGGAACCUGAACCAGCUGGAUGACUUUAUGGAGUGUCUGUCCAAGUUCACCCGCUACAACUCUGUUCGGCCGAUGGCCACCCUCUCCUACGCCAGCGACCUCUAUAACGGCUCCAGUAUUGUUUCCAGUAUUGAGUUUGACCGUGACUGUGACUACUUUGCCAUUGCUGGCGUAACUAAGAAGAUCAAAGUGUUUGAGUACGGCACAGUGAUCCAGGAUGCGGUGGACAUCCACUACCCUGUCAAUGAAAUGACCUGCAACUCCAAAAUCAGCUGUAUCAGCUGGAGCAGCUACCACAAGAACCUUCUGGCCAGCAGUGACUACGAGGGUACGGUCAUCCUGUGGGAUGGAUUCACUGGCCAGAGGUCGAAAGUCUACCAGGAGCAUGAAAAACGGUGUUGGAGUGUUGACUUCAAUUUGAUGGAUCCAAAGCUUUUAGCUUCCGGUUCUGAUGAUGCCAAAGUGAAGUUAUGGUCGACAAACCUUGACAACUCGGUGGCGAGCAUUGAGGCCAAGGCUAAUGUGUGCUGUGUUAAAUUCAGUCCAACCUCCAGGUAUCAUCUGGCCUUCGGCUGUGCAGACCACUGUGUCCACUACUAUGAUCUACGCAACACUAAGCAGCCAAUUAUGGUAUUCAAAGGCCAUAGAAAAGCUGUCUCCUACGCCAAGUUUGUCAACGGAGAGGAAAUUGUAUCUGCUUCGACAGACAGUCAGCUCAAGCUGUGGAACGUCAACAAACCCCACUGCCUUCGCUCCUUCAAGGGUCACAUCAACGAGAAGAACUUUGUCGGCCUGGCAUCCAACGGAGACUAUGUGGCGUGUGGUAGUGAGAACAAUUCGCUGUACCUUUACUACAAGGGCCUUUCCAAGACACUGUUGACGUUCAAGUUUGACACAGUGAAGAGCGUCCUGGACAAGGACAAGAAGGAAGACGACACCAAUGAGUUUGUCAGCGCUGUCUGCUGGAGGGCCUUGCCUGAUGGGGAGUCAAAUGUACUGAUUGCAGCAAACAGUCAAGGAACAAUCAAGGUACUUGAGCUCGUCUGAAGGCCCGUCAGGUCUCCAGAGUGUGUGCAGAACCUCAGCCUCUGUUUGUUUGGUGGAGAAACAGUCUGAUGCUGUGAGAGCCCAGGCUGCCCGCUGGACUAGUAGCAUCACCGGCGGCAGUUUUAAAGGAAGCCCGACGCUGAGAUAAAAUAAACCGAAGCCGUCUGAUUUUAAUGAGCUACAAAUGGACUUGUGGACAGCAAAAAGACUUGGACCAGUGCAUCAGUACAAUAGGAGCAGAUGUACUGUCAGCUCACAGUAAAACAAACAAAACAAGGACCUAGUCUUGGCACAAAGUGGAAGAAAGACUAUUGAAAGCAUUUUUUGUUUCUUUUGAAUAAAGUUAUAUCAAUAGAGCACCUCUUUAUGAUUUUAGGUCAAAUCAAAACGUGUACCUUUUUAUCAAGUUACUGCUUUCAAGGGUACAUCCAGCCAAAAGCUACUAGUAUGUCGCAUUAUCCUUUUUAAAGGCCAAAGCACAAAACAAAAUGAAAUGCAAAAAUGUCUUCAUGUAAAGCUUCUUAAGCCCCCACCCCCCCCAUAAUUGUCCGUCAAAAUCCUCUGUGUUUUUGUUGUUUUCGUUUUACUUCUCACGUUUAGUCUUUGUGUUUUCCAGAUUGGCAGAAACCAGUUAUAAUAAAGAAGACUUGAAUUUUAUUCUGUCAAUCAGGUCGUCAGUUCAUUUCCUGGCUUGUUGUCUAGAAUGUAAGAUAAUGUAAGGAUACUGGAAAUCGGUGCACAAGAAAGACCAACAAAUCAUUGGACUGCUGAGACAUUUCACUCUGUGCCGAUAUUUCUGUCACUAUUGGAACAAAAUAAGGUUCAUCGUGUCUGUCUGUAAUCACACAAAUUCUCAUGUAAUCUAAAGAUCAAUCUACACGGCCACACCGACUGGGACUCCACUUAUGUGAUCUGAGCUUUUUGUUGCUGUUUUAAAUGAGGACAAACUACAAGAAACCAGAUUGAUUUCUGAUCAGGUAGCAAAUGACUUGUCACAUAGGUUAGAAACAUCGGAGGUGAGCUGAGCUGCAGUGUAACUUCAGGCAAACUGUUAAUGUUUCCUAUGAAGUGGCAAUGCACGUUGGCAACGCUGACACAUCAAGUCAGAAUGGAGAGAAUUUGCUAGAGACCGCCAAGACCUACCUAUUUUAUGAUAAAUGACAGAGGUGUUUUGUAUUUGUAUACCUGAAUAAAUUAUUUGAAAAUAAA